ACACCUAACUCAUCACAUAGGCUAGGUUAACAGACUAAAUGUUUAUAAGAAUAUAUUUUAUAACACUGAAAAUUAAAAGUGAUAAAGACCAUUAAAACAGUGAACUUAGGUAGUUUACAGACAUGCCAGUGAAUAUCAUACCGAGGGACCAAUGGGGUGCCCUACCACCCCGGGUGAUGGUAAACGCUCUACUCACGCCUGUACAGAAUGUUUUCUGUAUGAACACUCACUCCAAACCCUGCUUCGACCACCUGGUGUGUAUGGGAACACUUAGACUGCUUCAGAGAUCACACAUGCAACGACAGAACCAGAGGGAUAUCAGAUACAAUUUCAUAGUGGGCAGUGAUGGCGAUGUAUACGAAGGCAGAGGAUGGACAUCUUCACCUCUUCUACCAAGAGAGCAUUCCAGAUUGAGCAACAAAAGUAUCCUCAUUGGAUACAUCGGUGACUUUACUGCGGCAGAUCUUCCUGCCAACAUGUCACAGGCAGGAUACGAUCUCAUAGAAUACGGAAUUCAGCAGGGCCACAUCGCAUCAGACUUCUUGUACUACGAUAUACUCACGAAACUUCACAGCCAUGUGUGAAAUAUUAUUUAGUUUUAUUACUUGUUGUGGUAUUUAUAAGUUAAGAUUAGUGUUAAUGUUAAUAAAAUGUUUUGGCUUGUUCUGAAUCGAUAUCGCAACCGAAACGGUUGAAAUAAGCGUCUGAAAUGUGGGUUUGGGACGAUGGCUAAAGAAUUCCUGUACAAUAUCUUAAUUUUCUGCCGGAUUAUAAAGAUUUUGUGAGCAGUGAUCUAUUUAAUGAUCAUAUAUCUGAGAGUAUGUCGAUUUAGGUUCUGAAAUCUAAUCAUUAACUGCAUCACUAUCAUUUUAGAUCAAACAUUUUUUUAUUUUUCAAAUAAUUAAAGAAAAAAGGUGUUUAAAAAGAACUAGUUAUGAUUAUUUAAUAUUGACGGUAUAUAAUGUCAUUUUUUAACAAGUCAAAGUUAAAUGUAAUUCACGAAUUCAAACAGAUUUUGUUUUGUCUGGGAAACCCUAGACAUGUUAUUAAUUACCAAAGGUGCCCUUUUUUAAUAAAUAAAAAAAAUUU